UCACUCUUGUGAAGUCACACCUUUGAGCUGCUCUGAUUGGCUGUGCUGUGAGAGAGGGAGAGAGAGCUCACUUAUCCACGUCUGUUUAUGGAGGUUUUUGAAUGGUCCAGUUCUGUAGGAGAGCGGCUGGUUUUUCCCGUGUGUCCCAUGGCUGAGGUAAGCCUGCCACACCUGCUAAUGUCACUGCAGCUUCCACUGUAAGCCAUUCUCCUGGAGCUCCUUCACCCCACAACCAUGCGUCACCUCACUUCGCUCCUGCUAGCUGUAUCCCUCACACUCUCCUCCAGCCCUGCAGUUGUGUGUGGUGAUCCUUCUGGAAUUUUCGGUGAUGAUUCCAUGGGCUAUGGACCUGUGUUUGAGGAGCAGCCAGUCGACACCAUCUACCCCGAGGAGUCACCAGAGGACAAGAUAAUCAUGAGCUGCCGAGCACGAGCCAGCCCACCUGCCACAUACAAGUGGAGGCUGAAUAGCUGGGAGAUUGAGGUCCAGGAUGGUAGUGAUGACCACUACACUGUGGUGGGGGGCAACCUGGCCAUCAGUAACCCUGACAAGAGCAAGCAUGCUGGGAAUUACUCCUGCCUAGCAACCAAUGAGUUCGGCACAGUCAUCAGCCGGGAGGCAUCCGUCCAGUUUGGAUAUCUGGACAUGUUCUCCACAGAGGAACGAGAGGCUGUGUAUGUGAAAGAGGGUCAGGGGGUGGUACUGUUAUGUGCCCCUCCUCCACAUUUUCCAAAUGAUCUUUCCUUUCGCUGGAUGCUGAACGAGUUUCCCAUCUUCAUCCGUCUGGACAAGCGCCGCUUUGUCUCACAGACCACAGGGAAUCUGUACAUCUCUAAAGUAGAGGCCUCCGACAGUGGGAAUUACUCCUGCUUCGUCUCAAGCCCUUCUAUCGCAAAGAGUGUCUUCAGCAAGUUCAUUCCUCUGGUCCCUCUGGCUGAGCGUCCCAUUCGGAAGUACCCAGCCGAUAUCAAAGUGAAGUUCCCAGACACAUAUGCGCUGGUUGACCAGAACAUCACCCUGGAGUGUUUUGCAUUGGGGAAUCCCAUCCCACAGAUCAGAUGGAAGAAAGUGGAUGGAGCGCUGCCAGCCCACCAUGAGAUCAGUACGGUGGGAGGACUGCUUCAUCUCUUUAAUGUGCAGUUUGAGGACGAGGGCAUUUAUGAGUGUGAGGCGCUCAACUCCAAAGGCAAAGACUGGCACAAGGCACAUCUCUAUGUGGAAGCUCCUCCAGAGUGGGUAGAGCACAUCAGUAGCAGUGAGAAGGGCAUUGGCAGUGACUACACAAUGUCCUGCCUAGCCAGCGGAAAACCCAAACCUCAAAUACACUUCCUGAAGAAUGGUCAAAUGUAUGGCAAGCAUGAGCUACGCUUCACAGAUAUGACGUUUGACGACUCUGGGAUGUACCAGUGCAUCGCUGAGAACCGUCAUGGAGUGAUCUAUGCUAACGCUGAACUGCAAGUGUUUGCGAGCCCUCCCUCAUUUGAGUUGAACCCAUUGAAGCAGAGGGUCCUGGGGGCGAAGAAUGGCCAUGUGGUGAUCGAAUGUAAACCCAGAGCAGCACCCAGACCCACGUUCUCUUGGAGCAAAGGCACUGAGCUGCUUUCCAACUCCAGCAGGAUAUUUAUUUGGGAGGACGGAAGUCUGGAGAUCCGUAACGUUACCAAGUCAGAUGAGGGUAAAUACACUUGCUUUGCUGAGAACGACAGAGGGAAGGCCAACAGCACUGGAUCCCUCUUGGUGACAGAUGCCACUAAGAUCACACUUGCUCCCUCGAACGCUGAUGUGAGUGUGGGUGAAAAUACCAAGAUGCAGUGUGUCGCGUCACAUGACUCAAGUCUUGACCUCACCUUCAUCUGGACUCUCAAUGACCAUGUGCUCGACUUCGACAAGGAGGAAGAAUAUUACCAAUAUGUCAUGGAUGGCCAGGCAGGCAUAUCGAGCUGUGAGCUGCUAAUUAAGAACACUCAGAUGAAGCAUGCAGGCCGCUACACCUGCAUGGCCCAGACACCUGUGGACAACGUCACCUCCUCCGCUGACCUGGUGGUGAGAGGAGUCUCUUUAUGUAACCCUUUGAUUUGCGGGCCUCCUGGACCUCCUGGAGGGGUUCGUGUGGAGGAGAUUGGGCCAAAGUCUGUGAGGCUGCUCUGGAGUCAAGGUUCGGAUAACCUUAGCCCCAUCUCCAAAUACACCAUCCAGUACAGAGAAACCAGAACAGAGGAGGCCUGGAAAGAUGCAGUUACUUCACCUCCAAAUGUAGAAGGCAAUGCAGAAACAGCCACAGUGAUUGAUCUGAUUCCCUGGACUGAAUAUGAGUUUCGAGUCAUUGCUACAAACACUCUGGGUACAGGAGAGCCUAGUGACCCAUCUCCCAAAACCAGAACGCAGGACGCAGUUCCUGUGGUGGCACCCUCAGAUGUAGGCGGAGGUGGUGGAACAAGUAGAGAGCUCACCAUCACAUGGACGCCUGUGCAACCCCAGUACUACUAUGGCAGUAACUUUGGUUACAUCAUCGCUUUCAAGCCUGAGGAUGGCUUUCAGUGGCGUAAAGUGACCGUUGCAGACCCUGAGGCCAGACGUUACGUCCACAAAGACCCCUCCAUUCCUCCUGCCACAAAGUUUGAUGUGAAAGUGAAGGCUUUUAACAGCAAAGGAGAGGGACCUUACAGCCUCACUGCUGCCAUAUACUCUGCUCAGGAUGUGCCCUCAGAAGCCCCCACCAUUGUAGAGGCCAGAACUCUCUCAGCAACAGAAGCCAUCAUAUGGUGGCAGCCAGUCUUACAGCAGACAGUAGAGGGCUAUCAGGUGAGAUACUGGAGGAAGUCGAUGGAGAAUGAGGCAACAGCACAGCGCAUCUCCAACAGAGAGAACCAGACGCGCCUUGACAACAUGAAGCCUGACUCACAUUACGUCAUUGAAGUGCGUGCAUUCAAUGGUGCAGGAUAUGGACCGCCCAGCCAACGAUAUGAGAUCCACACAAAGAAAGCUCCUCCAAGUCGGCCUCCAAAAAUAAUCAACACAAAGAUGAAUCCCAGCAGAACAUCAGUCAACAUUGCCUGGGAGCAAGUGGAGCCUUUAGUCAAUGAGUCUACAGUGCAGUGUUACAAGGUUCUCUACAGGCAGGAGGGCAAAAGCACUGGGGUUCUCUACACCACAGACAAGCAGUAUAUAGACCUGCCCAUGCGCAAGGAUGGAGAUUAUCUGGUGGAGGUGAGAGCACACAGUGAGGGUGGAGAUGGAGCUGUGGCACAAGUGCGCAUCUCAGGUGGGGGUGUCUUGGUGGCCCAGUCUCUCAGCAUCUGUGUCCUGCUCCUGGUUGCAGUGCUCAGCCUGGCAAUCUGAAUGUAGCGCCAUCCCUCUUCUGCCUUCACUCCUUCAGUGAAGAGGACUCUCACAGGAUGACGCCUUACAGAACUCUUAUUCCACAAACGCCGAAGCUCAACAAUGAAUAUUCCCAACUCGGAAUAAGCUUUGUGGGAAAUAAAGACACUAUAGAAAUCCGUAAAGUACAAGGACAUGGAGGAUACUCCACUUACAGAAUCGAGAUUACACACAUGGAAAAGCAUCAAAGGAGUUCUCUCUUGUUCAAUAUGCCUUACAAUUUCUCUCACCCUGAUCUUUUACUCUUGGGCUGCUUGCAGUAAAAAGCGAUCUCCUCAUUUCACAAUUUAAACAAAAAUUCCAAUGUCAUUUCAAUUUCAAUCUCGAUCUGAGUCAAUCGUCAAGGCUACUGUUUUGAUUAAGUCAUAACAUUCUUUGAGCAGCUUGCUCUUUUCUGCAAGUGACUUGUGAUGAAAGAUUAGUGUAAGAGGGUCUGAUAAUUGUUUUAUAUGUAGUUUGCAAAUCAGUGGCACUCCCUUUAUCAUUUCAAAACUAAAGCACAUCCCUCCCUUAAUGGAUACAGUCAAAGCAAACUCCUAUCCUACUACUUGGACUCAAUGCUCUAAUUAAGGAUGCAUAACAGACGAUAUAGCAAUUUAUUUCAAGCUAGUAUAUGUAUAUGCAAUAAUUUAUAAGCUAUCGAUCUCUUAAUAUAUUUCAAUAUAUUAUUUCUUUGCUCAUAUUAACAUAUCUCUAAUAGAAAGAUUAUUUUACAUAAAGAGAUUUCAAAGCCCUUACACAAGAGUAAAUGAACAGCUGGAAUUGAGAUGUGUGCAUGUCGCCUCUGAGAUCUAAGCAAGGAUAGUCAGGUGUCAAAUAAAAUUGUAAAUUAAUCAUCAUUGCUGAAAUUCUGUACUGAGGAGUAAUAUUGUGUUUGUAUGUGUAAUAUAUGUGUGGAAAACAUAUCUAACCCAUGGUUUUAAACACAAACAGGGCUCAUGCACACAUACAUAUAUUAUGGAAAUGUAUAUGUAUAUGUGUAAGUGUGUCUGUGUGUGUAGACUAUGGCAAUAUCCACUGUGGUACGCCUGGGGCCGUGUUCUCAAAGAUUCUCGGGGUAGGAGUGAUGUUUUGGUCAAACUGAUGCUUGACUGUCACUCUUAGCUUGGGGAACUCUGUGAAUGCAGGCCUGGGUGAUGCUACUGCAGCGCUUUACAGUUUCAACCAAUGUCGUUAGUGCUCAUUGUCUAACCAUGAACCAAACUGAGGCUGAAAACGGCUCUGCGGCUUUGUUUUGACUGUAUCAUUAGAAGCUCUGUAUGAGUUACAGGUGCUUUGUAAAGAAUGUUGACAUUUUGUUUUUGGACCCAUUUCUUUACCUCCAUUGCUUUUAAUCGUGUCAUGUUCUGAGUACCAGUUGUAUGGACGCAGUAGCAGUGCAGUGUCUGAUGCUACAAAAGCUGACUGCUUCAAGCUUUUAUCAUGACCACAUCAGUGAGGCGCAAAAACGGAGGAAAAACAAGCAUUCCAUUCCUAAAGGGAAAAAGUUUCACUGAUCAUUUACUGUUUUUUUUUAUGGUGUCCUUUAUGCUUAAGGAUUUUAUUUAUGAUGGGCUGUUUGUUGAAGUGUGGAGAAUGAGUAGAUGAGCCAUGAAUGGACUAGAGCGUUUAGUCAUCGAGUAUGAUUUUGUUUGAGCUGAAUUUGUUGCUAAAUACAGCUGUGAGAUACAGCUAUGAGAUUUGUGAACCCUUUGAAAUGAUCUGGAUUUCUAUGUGAAAGACGCAAGCGUCAAACUGGUCCUGGAGGGACGGAGUCCAGGACAGUUUGGUGAUUUCUCUGCUGAAACACACCUGGUUUAUUGUCUUUACUUAAUUAUCCAGCUUUGGUGGCAUGUUAGAGAAAUGACUAAACAGUGCUCAAUAGACACUAGACCUCCUUAAAAUAAUACAUAGAAAAAAGACACAACAAACACAUUUUAUAAUUCCAUAUUUUUUCCAAUGAUUUAAACAGUUAUGGUCAUUAAUAGAGAAGAAGUCAGGAUCUCAGGCAACGAAGUAGUCUAACAUCAUUAUACUGUCUCCACCAUGUCACAUGGUGAAUGAAGCUUUUAUAUUUGUAUUGUUCUGUUUUUCCAAACACAAUGUUGUGUACAUUUGCUAUAAAGUUCUUUCCCUCCAUCUGGCCAUAGAACAUUGUUCCAGUAAUGCUGUGGAACCUUCAGGCAGUUAUUAGAAAACUGGAAACGGGGAGCAGUGCUGUUUUCGGAGAGCAGUGGUUUCCUCCUUGUUCACCUUACACAAAGACCAGUACUGUUCAAAAGCAGUGCAGUGUCUGAUGUUCAUGUUUUUUUUCUUAUGGUUGACUCAUGAACAUUUUAUCCAGAUCAGGAGAUGCCUGCAGAUCCUGGAGUGUAAUCCCUGGGUUCUUUUUCACUUGUGGAAGAUUCUAUGGCAAACCCUUUCACUGAUCUUUGUAGGACACCCACUCCUAGAGAGAGUAGCAUGGGGCCUGAAUUUCCAGCCUCAUGAGCCAUGAGAGCUUUUCUUCAGGUUUUCUUUGAAAUCUUUUGAGUGUGCCGUUGCUCCAGAUUCCGGUAUGUAGACCAGGUGCUCUUUUAUGUGGCAAUGCAGGUCAAAUCCAAACUAAACUGAAUGGAACAUCUGAUUCCAAUAACCCCUUUUUCCAAAUCUUAAUUGACUCAAUUUAUUAAGAUCAGACCACAAUUCCAGAACAUUCCAACUUGAAAAGGUUCAUUUUUCUCACAACUGUUUACUGACACGCCCAGAAUACUUAUCUUUUAUUUGUUAUUAAUAUAUGUUAAUAUUUGUCACUUAUUUGACAAUAUUCUAGUUUAUUCAAUUAAAAUGCUGCGUUUUGAUAUUUCCAGUCAUGUUUCAGGAGAACUCCCAUCUGAAGAUCAAAAUGACUUCUAAAACGUACAUAAGAAUAUAGGUUCAGGUAUUUUUUUUUCUCUUGAGUCUGAGGCCAUUUAUUACUAUUUGUGUAUGAAACAGCAUAUAACAUUUUGAUCUUUCAGAUGAACUGUCUCCUUAAAUAUGUAUGAAUUUUAGCCAUUGCUUCAACAUUUUGUGAGUAAUAUUCAAUGACCACCACAAAGUGCUUUCUCUUUCCCAGUCAGGCAACAGAAUCAUCAUUGUGAUCAAAAAAAAAAUAAUAUUAAUAAUUGCCAAAUGCAUGAAUGCCUUUAACUUUUGCAAUCUACAUUUGGAGGUGAAAUGGUACGCCCUGAAAUGCAUGAUCUGGAAAUGAAUGGUUCGUUCCAGUUGCAUUAAAACACCAUAGCUACUCAUUUGCGAUCAAGGUGACUCAUGUAACUCAGCUUCUUCUGAUCUGCCUCUGUCAGCCAAUAAAAUGUCUGUUCAGCCUGAAUGGCGAGCUCUCUUUGUCAGAGACGAUGUAGAUAAAGUCUAACCCAUGAGUCAUUCAAGCCAUUCUUCUCAAUUAAAGUUUAUAGAGACAAAACCAA